AUGAGGUCGAGCUUCGCCCUGGAAUGGCACUUCACCUCCUUGCAUUAUUUGGGAGUCUCCGAGGCGAAGGUCAAACGACGAACGAUGAGCUCUGAGCUGGACCUGCACUUCUUCCAGCGGUCGACAGUUGAGCAGCCGGUGUCGGAGAUCGUCCAGCAGAUGUACGACGACCGAGCGCUGAAGCGCAAGUUCGGCCUGCGCGGUUCUGUAAACUUCGAGAACCACGCCAACACAUUAAGCCCGGAGCAAGAAGUGGAAGAGGGCUUGCGGAAUCUGUCGAUAUCUGGCGGUCACCAAUGA